GGGCUACCGGGAAGCAGCAUAUGCAUAUGUAAAUAUUCGGAUCAGCGGAAAGGUUGACCACAGAAAUUAAUUUUCAAAGCAGUACAGGAGUAAACUACUAUACAAGUCUUUUUAACGUUACAUUGUGUAAAUAUAAUAUCGUGCGUAGAAAUGGUGAACAUGACGAUGUGAAGAAUGAAGUUGAAUUGUUGAAUCUCUUCUUCCCUAGGGCCAAGUUUCUUCAUAACUUCCUCACGAAUUCCUCGCUCAACGCCACGUCAGAUGGGACUUGGAAGUGAGCGGAGUCCCCUUCAAAUAUUUGGCAUCAAGAUGUUUGCCCGAGCAUCAUUCUAUCCCACCUUGAUGUACAACAUUGCGAUGGCCAGGGUAUCCAGUAGAAAGUGGUACAAUCGAAUUGACAAUCAUGUUAUCCUGGGUGCCCUGCCAUUUCGAGGCAUGGUGGAUGCCCUUAGAAAGGAAAAUGUCAAAGGAAUUGUUUCCCUCAACGAGAAUUAUGAGCUUUGGUUAUUUUCACACAAUAAAGAGGGAUGGAAUAAAAACAACAUAAAAUUUCUACAACUACCCACCAGGGACAUUUUCGAAGCUCCGUGUCAAUCCAAGUUGAAAGAGGGGGUUGAUUUUAUUAAGACCUUGAAAGAUGAAGGCACCGUUUACGUACAUUGUAAAGCUGGAAGAACGCGCAGUGCAACAUUGGUAGCAUGUUAUUUGAUCGAGCAAAAUAAAUGGACUCCUGCUGAAGCUAUUCACCACAUGAGGUCUUGCAGAUCCCACAUACUGUUAGGACCUCAGCAGCGAAGGGCCAUAGACACUUAUUACAAAGACAAUAAUGACAGUAGUAGUAGUAACACUUCAAGAAAAGAUAGUUAAUUUUAGCUUUCGCAUUAUGUAGCUUGAAUUAUUCUCGGUCCUAAAAUAAUACAUUAAUUAUCUAUUUCGUUAAUACAAUAUUUAAUUGACUUAUAAUUUUACAGUUAAAUUAUUCCGUAAAAUAAUUUUACUUGUUUGGGCCGUUUAAGCUGGAAAAUAAAUAUUCUGCUAGUAUCACAA